AUGCACUUCUGGCAUAAGAACCAGAAGACCAAACAGACAGUCGCGGAGGAGACACGAGCGAUAGUGCUCGGGGAUGGCAAGUACGUUGAAGAGCGCCGUGUCUCUCCCGUGACGUCUUCACUAUCUCUAUCCGCCCGCAUAGCGCACACGCCCAACUCUCCUGUGAGCGGCGCAGACACGACGCAAGUGGUACAAGUACCGCACGACAUCGCCGUCACUAUCGAGCUUAGCCGACAAAGCACCACGUUCUACCCCCAUUACUCCGAGGCCCUUGCCAGGUGGACCACCCCGCGUUCAGUUGUAUCACCAGUCGCAGAAACCAAGAUUGACUUCUGGCCGAGGGGUCCGCUGACCACUGCUCGACGACUCGCACGGACCACUCUCUCGCUCCGCAUGCAGCGCGCCUCCAAUUCCAACGAGUCCUCUCUGGGUGUACUCUCCUUCGCCUCUCCCAAGCGCCCCUGUGGCGGGUUCCUCCAGGGAGGUGACGAACAGGAGGACAAGAUCGCUCGCCAUAGUUCUCUGCUAGCUAGCCUUUCUUCCCCUGCGGCACAGCCGUUCUAUCAGGAGCACAAGAAGUUCCUGAAAGAAGAUGGCAGCGGGCUACACGAUCACUCCAUGGUCUACUCUCCUGGCGUCGUCGUCUUUCGGCGAGAAGGCGACGACGAUCUUCCCCCUGAUUCCAACGUCGACAUAGUCAGCGCAUCUCCCACCGUCAACGAAGGCGUCGGGGGCGAGUUCAUCCCACCCUAUCUUGUCAACGUCAUCUCUGCCGUCCCCGUCAACGCCAUGGCGGUGCGCGCGAAGCACGUCAUCCUCCCGGAGGAGCGGGACCUCUUCGAGAACGGCAUCCGCAGCGCGAUGAAGGAACGCAUGUCUCGCAUUCUCUACCUCUUCGAGGAGCGCGGCAACCGUGCACUCGUCCUCGGCGCGUUUGGUUGUGGGCCGCCCAACCAGAAUAACGUCGAGGCGAUCGCGAGCAUCUGGGCAGAGCUCCUCGUGUGCGGGGAUCUGGAGGGCCCGGGCGGUACGAAGCGGGAGGCGAGGUUCAAGAACUCCUUCGAGAAGGUCGUCUUCGCCGUGCCGGGAAAGAUAGUGGAGCAGUUCAGACAAACAUUCAAGGCGCGGUUGUUCGAAGCGGAAGUCGCAGACGCCGCCAUGGACAAUAGCUGA